AUGAAUAUUAGAUGCGAUAUUAAUGCAUCGUGUGUUAUCGAUGGUGAUUAUAUUUAUGGAAUUUUUGAAUCAAAUUCAAGUAUUAAAAGUGUCGAAAUCAUUGGGAAUAUUGAAAAAAUCCCUUCAUUUUGCUUUUAUAACUGCACAGAACUGGAUAAUGUUUCAAUUUAUGCAACAAUUUACAGUAUUGGUAAUAUGGCUUUUGCAUUAUGCUCAAAACUUAAGAAUAUUUCAAUUCCAAUAUCAGUUAAAUCAAUAGGGUAUGGAUGCUUCACAAAUUGCAAGUCAUUAGAAAAUAUAAUUUUGCCAAAUCAUUUAAAAAAGAUUCAAAAAUCUUCAUUUUAUGAAUGUUCUAAUUUGAAAUCAAUUAAGUUUUCGGAUUCUCUUGAAGAGAUCUCAAAUAAUGCCUUUUCUUUUUGUUCUAAACUAAUAAAUAUAGAAUUACCUCCAAAUUUAAAAAGUAUUAAGAUAUUAGCGUUUGGAAAAUGUUCUAGUUUGACAAAUAUAAUUAUUCCUGAUACUGUAGUUGAAUUAGAUAUAACUGCUUUUAUGUUAUGCGAAAAUUUACAAAGAAUUCAAUUGCCAAUAAAUGUUGUUGCGAAGAAUCAAAUGUUGAUUGAUUGGGAAGCAUUCCCACGAUAUUGCAUUAUUCACUAUAAAUUUAAGAAGAAUGAUACAAAAAUUCUUCCAUUAUCAUAUUAUAAAAAUCAAAGAUUGACAGAGAUCAAUUUAAAUAAGAUAUUUUUUGGAACUGAAGUUUUGGAUUUACCAGAAAAUCUGAUUUCAAUAGAAAUGCUUUCAUUCUACCAUUGCUCUAAUCUCGAAAAGGUAACAUUACCUGCAAGUGUAAAACUAAUUGGCAGACAAGCGUUUUAUUAUUGUGGGAAAUUGUCAACAAUAAUAUGUAAUACUCUUGAUAUUUCUUUAAGUUUUCAAUCUUUACCUGAAUCAAUAACAAUCCAAUUUCCAGAACCACAGUCAGGUUAUAAAGCUUAUGAAUAUUCCGGGCAGCAGUUUAUCGAAUUAACCAUUCCAAGUAAUAUUAUAGAUCUUCCACCAUUUUGCUAUUAUCGAUGCAGUUUUGGUUUAAUUUCACAAAAUUCCAUUAAAAAAAUUGGAACUUAUUGCUUUGCAAAUGCAGAAAUGACAGAAAUAGAUCUUUCAGGUGUUGAAAUUAUAGGAGAUUGCGCAUUUGCUAAUUCACUAAAUUUGGAAAGAGUCAUUUUCUCAGAUUCUUUAAAAAUGAUUGGUAAAUAUGCUUUUGCUUCUUGUAAACAAUUAAGAACUUUAGAUUUUAACAUUCAUCAUUCGAUUGAACUACAAGAAGGCGCUUUUUGUUCAUGUGAUGGAUUGAAUAUAUCAUCAAUUUUAUCCAAAAUAGAAUAUAUUCCUGAUAAUUGCUUUGAAAAUUUAGUAAAUGUUCAUGAAAUUACAAUACCAUCAUGCAUAGAAUUUAUUGGAGAUUAUUCUUUCAUUGGAUUACAAAAUACAAAUUCUUUAAUUAUUGAAGAAGGAGUCAAAAAUAUUGGAAAUUAUAAUUUCCUUGGAAUCAACAUCACAUCAAUUAUUCUUCCUAAUAGUUUAGUUUCUAUUGGAGAUUACUGCUUUUAUUCCUGCAACAAUUUGAAGAGUGUCAAAUUUGGAAAUCAAAUAAACAGAAUCCCAGAUUAUUCAUUUUGGGAAUCCUAUUCGCUCGAAACCAUUGAGAUUACUGGAAUUGUAACAUACUAUGGCGAUUCAUUUAUCCUUGGGUCACAAAUGUCAACUCUGAAGGUGCCAUCAAAUAGUUAUUUCGGAAGUGCGAUUUUAGAAUACCGAAGAACUGUUGAAAUUAUUGAGUUUGGAAAAAAUUGUUUUAUUUCACCUCAAACAGAACGUUCAGGCCCUAAUAUUUUCAAAGAACUUAAAUUUGGAGAUAAUAUAUCUUUUGCCGAAACAUUAAAAGCCGAAAAAUAUUAUUAUACUGGAUCAGAAAAGAAUGAUUAUAAUAUGGAUGGAUCUAUAUUUAAAAUGAUAUCGUCAUAUGCAGAGUCAGUUUAUGUCCCAAAUUCUUAUUUAGCAUCUACAUUUUGUGGUAAACCUAUAGUUUAUUAUUCGGCAGAUGAAUAUAGUCAACAACACAAACUUGAUGAAUUAAAAAGAAAAUUAAAACAGAUUGAUUACUCUUUGAAACAAAAAAGAAAUAAAAUUAGGAGUAUCAAUGAAAUUUCAUUUAAGACAUGCAUUAUUUCAGAUAUGGAGACAGUAGAUAAGAAACAAUUUGAACAAUUGAAAUUCAAUCCAAAGAAAUCAAUACUGUCUUUGUCCACUACAAUUUUUUAA